AUGAAAUUAAGUGAUCGCAUCCCUGAACUUAGAUCUCGUAUCUUUAAGAUGGUUUAUAUAAAGAUUUUAUAAAUUGAUUCCGAAAUUAAGUAUGAUCCUCAAUACAACAAUUUCAUUAUUAAAACUACUUUAUAAUAACAUUUGAACAAAAAGCAUAGAGAUGACAUGUGCAAGAAGGUGGAUCAUUUAUUAUUCAUAUUAUUUGAUUAUUUGGAUUCUAAAUUAGGAAUUGCCAAAAAGAGUAUAUUCCAAAUGGAAAUAAAUGAAGAUUUGAUCUUUAAAAUAUUUCGAGAGCUGCAAACAGUAUUCUAAGAGAUAAUGCUAAAAAAUCAAUAUUACAGAAUGGCUCACUAUGUGUUUCUAUAUUUUUGUUCUUUGCCGAAUUCCUUAUCAAGAAUCAAUUAAUUAUUUCUCUCAUAGUUAGUCUAAAAUAUAAGAUCUAAUACACUCUCAAAAACUGAAAAAAUCAAUUCUCUUUAUUAUUUGUCGUCCUUAUUGGUUAGAUGUAAUUCUAUAAAGUGCUCAGUUUUUGUGAAAGCAGUCGAAUUACUAUUGGAAUACUUGAAUGAUAAAUCUUAAUAGAUAGAAAUUGAAUUGGAACAUCAUCUAGUGUAGAUGAUGAUAUUUUUAAUAUCAACAAAGUCUACACAAUUAGAGAUCCUUAAAAAUCAAAUUCAUGAGACAAUCCUUAAGAAGAGUUCAACGUUAUAAUAUAUUCAUUAUGAUAUAUUGGUAAAAUUCAAUGAAGUUUUAUUUAGAUCCAAAUCAGAUGAUUUGCGAUAGAAACUCAUUGAAAUAACUGCAAAUACGAUAUCAAAACAUAUUGGUAAUAAUUGCUAAGGAGAUUUGAUAACAAAUUAUCACAGUCCAAAUACACCUCAAAAAUUGAUAUAUGAUCACGAGAGCUUGUUCUCUAGAACAUCAACCUAAAGAACAGUCGUGCAUAAGAAUCAAUUAGACUUCUAUCAACCAUUCAAUAGUAUGACUUUAAUUUACUCUGAACCUUUUAUCAAAGAAUUCUAUAGAUAUGACUAAGAAUUGAUAAAAGAUGAAGGUGGUUCAUUGAAUGAUAGUCACGUGGAAGAAAAAAGAAUCCCUCAAUUUUGCGAGUCAGAGAAGCCAUAAAAGAAAGUUAAAUAAUGA